AUGGUGCAACACAUCGCCACCGCUAAUUAUAGUUUGUUAGCACUUAGCAAGCUGAUUGCCACUAAGUAUUACGGCGAAACACUUCGCAAACUGAUUACAUUAGUCACCACCGAUUGGACAACUUCGAAACAAACCUGGGAACGAAACACGAUGUUGAAGAUUGCCAAGCGUGGAAGAAAUCUGUCUUUUAGAUGUUAUAUAUCCUCCAUGGGCACUUUCCUGUUUUAUCUGUUUGUUAAUCUCCUGAAAUUCUACCGAAACUUCCACCAGUCUGAACGGAAACUCGUUUAUCAGUUCAAUUAUCCUUAUAACAUUCAGAAAAGUCCGAAUUAUGAAAUUACGUUUUUUAUACAACUGUGCGGUGCCUUGUAUAUGGGCCUAGUUCUCUGCUCUGUUGACAGCCUUAUUUCGAUACUUUUGUUGCACGUGUGCGCGCAGCUGAUAAAUCUAGGAAAAACGCUCAACGAACUGGUCGAGAAGCUAGCAAAACAAUUUAUAUCCUGCUCAAGAUUUAGGAAGGACCUGGCUGCGAUUAUCGAGCGGCACGAGAAUCUCAUCAGGUCUGCUAAGACAAUAGACGACUGCUAUAGCACAGUAUUAUUCAUACACAUGAUAGCCGCCACUUUCCAGUUGUGUUUUGAAACCUAUCAAAUUUUCAUGUUAAUGACGGAUAAAAAUGCGAAUAUUUCUGUUUUUAAAAUGACUUUUCUUGUGCUUUAUGCCACUGCUGUUUUGACGCAUUUAUACUUCUAUUGCUACUCAGCUGAAAGACUUUUGACGGAGAGUAUCAAUAUAGCGUACAGUGUGUACGAAUGUAAAUGGUACAAUUUACCGGCAAAAGAUGCGAAAGACUUGAUGUUUAUGAUGCAUCGAUCUACGAUACCACUUAGAUUGACAGCUGGAAAAUUCGCUAUUUUUUCGUUAGAGAUGUACGGAACGCAUCACUUAUUCGAGUACGGUUCAAACUCAAGCAACGGAGACGAUGUUCACUAGAAGGAUGGAUGAUUGCGCACAGGAUGUGG